GACAGAGUGGAAGUAGACAUCUUUGAGCUGCAGCGGGACAGCCAGUACGAGACCACGGACACCAUGUGUCAGAUCCUGCCCAAAGGGGUCGUGUCUGUCCUGGGACCCUCCUCUAGGACAGCUUCUGCCUCCACCGUGAGCCAUAUCUGUGGGGAAAAGGAGAUUCCCCACAUCAAGGUGGGUCCUGAGGAGACGCCCCGUCUUCAGUACCUUCGCUUCGCAUCUGUCAGCCUGUACCCCAGUAAUGAGGACGUCAGCCUGGCAGUCUCCCGAAUCCUCAAGUCCUUUAACUACCCCUCGGCUAGCCUCAUCUGCGCCAAGGCUGAGUGCUUGCUACGGUUGGAAGAACUGGUGCGAGGCUUCCUCAUCUCUUAGGAGACACUAUCCGUGAGGAUGCUAGAUGACAGCCAGGACCCCACACCGCUACUCAAGGAGAUCCGAGACGACAAAGUGUCUACCAUCAUCAUCGAUGCCAACGCGUCCAUCUCCCACCUCGUCCUCCGUAAGGCUUCGGAGCUGGGAAUGACCUCAGCGUUUUACAAGUACAUCCUCACUACCAUGGACUUCCCCAUCCUGCAUCUGGACGGUAUUGUAGAGGACUCCUCCAACAUCCUGGGCUUUUCCAUGUUCAACACCUCUCAUCCCUUCUACCCAGAGUUUGUGCGCAGUCUCAACAUGUCCUGGAGAGAGAACUGUGAAGCCAGCACCUACCCUGGGCCUGCGCUGUCUGCAGCCCUGAUGUUUGACGCUGUGCAUGUGGUGGUUAGCGCUGUUCCAGCGCUGAACCGAAGCCAGGAGAUUGGCGUCAAGCCACUGGCCUGUACUUCGGCCAACAUUUGGCCCCAUGGGACCAGCCUUAUGAACUACCUACGCAUGGUAGAGUAUGAUGGGCUGACUGGACGGGUUGAGUUCAACAGCAAAGGGCAGAGGACCAACUACACACUGCGUGUCCUGGAGAAGUCCCGCCAGGGCCACCGUGAGAUAGGGGUGUGGUACUCCAACAGGACCCUGGCCAUGAACGCCACUACCCUGGACAUCAACCUGUCACAGACUCUAGCCAACAAGACACUGGUGGUCACGACUAUCCUGGAGAACCCGUAUGUCAUGCGCAGGCCCAACUUCCAGGCCUUGUCAGGGAACGAACGCUUCGAGGGCUUCUGCGUGGACAUGCUUCGGGAGCUGGCCGAGCUGCUGCGCUUUCGGUAUCGCCUGCGGCUGGUAGAAGACGGACUGUACGGGGCACCCGAGCCAAAUGGCUCCUGGACAGGCAUGGUCGGCGAGCUCAUUAACCGGAAAGCAGACCAGGGUGACCUUGCACUCACAGAGAUCUGCCUGCCUCUGCCUCCUGAUGGUCUGGAUCAAAGCUGUGGGCCACCAUUUAGCCCAUUGCUAAACAGACACUUCGGAGAAUACAAAGGGCAGAGGAUACCUCUGGGCGGAGGUCAGGUGGGCUCGGUAGAGUAUCUAGGGAGGCCUGACUCCCCUCCCGACCGGAAGUAUGCAGCCUUCCCCAAGAUCAUUGCGGCUGAGCUGGACCCCGGUCCUAGGUGUCCUUCAGACACUUGUCCGGAGCACCAGUGCAAACUGGAGCAGAAACGGUUACACCCCACUCCGUGGUUGGGCCGCAAGCCUGGCUAUUUCUCCUUCCUGGACCCCUUCUCCCCUGCCGUGUGGCUCUUCAUGCUUCUUGCCUAUCUGGCUGUCAGCUGUGUCCUGUUCCUGGCUGCCAGGCUGAGCCCCUACGAGUGGUACAAUCCGCACCCGUGCCUCCGGGCACGCCAGAAGAACCUGGAGAACCAGUACACACUGGGCAACAGCCUCUGGUUCCCCGUGGGUGGCUUCAUGCAGCAGGGCUCGGAGAUCAUGCCCCGGGCGCUGUCCACGCGCUGUGUCAGCGGAGUCUGGUGGGCCUUCACUUUGAUCAUCAUCUCCUCCUACACGGCCAACUUGGCUGCCUUCCUCACGGUGCAGCGCAUGGAGGUGCCGGUGGAAUCGGCUGGCGAGUACGGCACUAUCCACGCCGGCUCCACCAUGACCUUCUUCCAGAACUCGAGGUACCAGACGUACCAGCGGAUGUGGAACUACAUGCAAUCCAAACAGCCUAGUGUGUUCGUCAAGAGCACGGACCUGGACUCCAAGGGCUAUGGCAUCGGCAUGCCGCUGGGUAGGAGCAUGGCUGAGCUUGCAGUGUGGGGGGAGACCGAGAGCAUACUAACCAAGCUGUGCGAGGAAUAUCCCGUGCAGCCGUGCCGUGUGGCCCUGGGCAGCUGUAUCACCAUGCUCGGCUGUACUGUGCUCGGCUGCUCCAUGCUUGCCUGUACCAUGCUCGGCUGUACCAUGUUCAUCUGUACCAUGUAUCACCAUGCUCGGCUGUACCAUGUUCAUCUCUCUACCAUGCUUGGCUGUACCAUGCUAGACUGUAUCACCAUGCUCGGCUGUACCAUGUUCAUCUGUACCAUGUAUCACCAUGCUCGGCUGUAUCACCAUGCUCAGCUCUACCAUGCUCGGCUGUACCACCAUGCUUGA